AUGUUUUCUAGUAAUGAUGUAAUUAGUGGAUUGGUUGCUAAUGUGAAUGAAGUGAACUUUUCUGAUUUUGAAAAAUGUGAAACAUCUGUGAAAUCAAAGUUCACUAAGAAACCAUUUCCAUCAGUUAAGAGAACCACAUCAUUGCUUGAGUUGAUACAUUCUGAUAUAUGUGAAUUAAAUGGAAUCCUUACUCGAGGAGGAAAAAGCAAGGCUUACAGGUUAUUAGAUAUUGAAUCAGGUGUUGUUGUGGAAUCCAAAGAUGUGAAAUUCUUUGAGGACAAGUUUUCUAAGGAUGAAGAAAACUCCAGUCAUACAACACCUACAAGUACUUCUCGAGAAAUACCCCCACCUCCUCCUAUUGUGGAGGAAACAAGGAGAAGUACUAGGGCUGGAAUAAAGAAAAUUUUUGGAGAUGAUUUCGAUUCUUAUUUGGUCGAAGGAACGCAAAAGAAAGUGACAAGAGAGGUCAUCUUUUCCAUUAACUUGGAUGAUGAUCAUAAGACCUUGACUGAAUCCAUGACAUCUCGAGAUACUCCUUUGUGGAAGGAAGCCAUCAAUGACGAAAUGGAUUCAAUUAUGGGUAUUCUUGAGACAAAGAAAUACCUAUCAUCGAAGUUUAAGAUGAAAGAUAUUGGAGAAGUUGAUACAAUUCUUGGUAUCAAGGUGAAAACGACAUGUGGUCAGAUUUCUCUGAGUCAAUCUCAUUACAUAGAGAAAGUUCUGAAAAAGUUUCAGCAUUUGAACAUUAAGGAAUUCAUUACUCCUUUUGAUUCAAGUGUGAAACUAAAUGUGAAUUCUGGUCGAGCAGUGGCUCAACUAGAAUAUGUUAGUGCAGUUGGAAGCAUGGUGUAUGUCACUCACUGCACUCGACCUGACAUCGCAUUCAUUGUAAGAAAACUGAGUCAGUAUAUUGUUAAUCCAGGGAUGGAGCACUGGAAGGCAGUGGGUAGAGUACUAUGA